AUGGCGCCCGCGCUCCUCCAAACCAUCUCCUUAGAACAUCUCCCCGAAUCGCACACCCUCCACAUCGCCUUAUACCGCAACCUCACCAACGCCUCUUUCCUCCACCAACAACUUCUUACCGGAAACACCGAUUUCGAAUAUGCGUUUAUCGAUGCGAGCGUUGUACGUUCUCUCCAUCUUUCCCUCCUCUUUUCUCCCUCUCAAAUUACUCAUAACCCCUCCAUUGCCCCACCAUCAGAUUCAUUUUAUAUCAUCACAGCAAUAAACGAUGCUUUGGAAGAAAGAUUAAAGAGUCGUAAUAUUCAUUCGGAGAUUGUUUUCUCGCUGAGUAUGAAUAAUAAUAUCGCAGAAUCUUUCCGUCGCUUCGGUAUAACCCCAACCACCACCUCUCUCCUCGUCGUAAAAGUAGCACCCGCAUCCUCUGCAUCUCAAAUCUCGGAACAUCUUUCGUCCGUAAUUGAAGGCGAACCUGUUCUAUUUGAUGAAGAGUCUUUAGCGAGUAUGGUAGAUAUUGCAAGGGUGAAAAAGCUUUACAAGUUGAACGCUCUUGGCGGUGGUGGAAAGAAAGGUGGUGCGAAUGGCGUGAGUGGAAAAGCUGAGAAUAAAGUGGAUGAGAGGAAAGAAUUAGAAAUCAUGGUUCUGGGGGCAAUGGCGCUGAGGGGUGCUACCAAUUAG